AGACAAGUGGCAUAUUUGGCCUUCACCAUGAUCAGCAAGCACUUCUGCGAAAGUGUGUUGGUGCUGCUGACCUCCUCCGCUAUCUUCUCCCUAGAACUGAAACUCAUUCUCUUCCAACAAAGAAGAGUGAACAGAGAAAGUCUAACCCUCUUGAAUAACCUGCGGCCCUCGUCCAUUCAGCAGUGUCUGCCACACAGGAAGGACUUCCUGCUCCCGCAGGAGGCUGUGAAUCCUCACCAGGAGGAGAAAGGAUACACACUGAUCAUUCUGCAUGAGAUGCUCCAGCAGAUCUUCAGCCUCUUCCAGGCAAAUGUUUCUCUGGAAGGUUGGAAGGAAAGCCACGUGGAGAAGUUCCUCGUCGAGCUCCAUCAACAGCUAGAAUACCUAGAAAUGCUCAUGGGGCUGCACACAGAUCAGAAAAGCAGCGCUGUAGGUAGCGAGAACCUUAGGUUGCAGGUUAAGAUGUACUUCCGAAGGAUCCGGGAUUACCUGGCAAACCAGGAAUACAGCAGGUGUGCCUGGACCAUUGUCCAAGUGGAAGUCAACCGGUGUCUAUUCUUUGUGUUCCCACUCACAGGAAAACUGAGCAAACAAGAAACGGAUCCCUGAGUCAUGUGGAGCCAGAAACAAAGCUUUAAAAGCAAAAGGGUAGGUGGAGGGGGUGGGAUGUGAGGGGGUGAAGGGCUUCUCCAGCCAUUUAUUAGU